AUAGGAGGGAGUGUCUCAAUAUCUGGAGGAGUGACAUUUGACUCUGACCAGCUGACCCUCACCUGUAUCUCCACUGGUGGACCUGCUACCACUGUCACUUGGACCAGAGACUCCACCACUGUCACCCAAGGAACCCAGACUGUGUUGAAUGACCCAGUCAAUGCAACUUACACCCACACUCUGACUGUGACUACUGCAGGCGAUUACAUGUGUUCUGUGGCUAAUAACAAGCCAUCUUCUGGUUCAGCAAGCAUCACAUUGGAGGGUCCAUCGCCUCCCUCUGGUGUCACAGCAGUCCAGGAUGGUCCCACUAGUAUCACAGUGACCUGGACUCCUCCCUCUCCUCUGGGGAAUACUACUGGCUACAUCAUCUCCUAUACUGAUCUGAGU